GCUGUGCGUCGUAUUUGUAUUUAUGGGAAUUGAAAAACUGUGCAAAAACUGAAACACAAUGUAAAACGCAUUGAAGGCGACUAAUGGCAGCCACAUCAUGAUACCCUGGAUGCGCGAGAAGUUCAACGAGAAGCGCGCAAAGUGGCUGGCGCGCAACAAGCACCGCGGCACCGAAACUCAAACAAAUUCCAAUCACAGUCCCCGCAGCAGCAGCGCUGCCCACACAGCGAACAGCGGCAGCGGCAGCGAUGCCGAGAGCAGCCUUAGUCUGGGCAGCGGUGCCUCCGGUUCGCUGUCCCUGGUGCAGGUGCAUACCACGGAAAUGGAAACGCAAACGGAUGGCGGUGUCGGCGGAGGCAACUGUGUGUUGCGGACACCGUCGCCGGCGAGGAGGCGACGCAUCCAGUUGGAGCUGCAGUUGCAGCAGGAAUCGGCAAGGAAGCAGACGGAGCAGGCGAAUGCUUUGUUUCUUCGUAAAAAUCAUACAAGACUCGCGACAACAUCGUCUACAGUUGUGGCGGAACCGGAUGUGGCCAAGGUGGGUGAGACCAUCACCGUCCGUGUCAUCUGUCCCAGUUCCCGUGUGCUCGUCUUCAAGACGGACAUGAACAAACGUCUCAAUGAUUUAAAGAGCGAGGUUAUCCUGGAGCUAAGCGAUGAUCCGGAGUCCAUUCAACUGUUUGCGCCUGAUGUGCGCCAUUUGAAUCCACGUUAUCGUCUCUAUCGUGCCGAAUACUUUGGCAACGAACUCAAUGAAUCCCAGACACUCGCCCAAUUGCGUGUGCGCCACAAUGAGACGUUCAUAUUGUCACCCCGCCGGAAUACGCUGCCGCAGACAGUGACGCGCACCCGUGAGGUGCCCGGACCGAAUGAUGCCCUGCUCGAGAGCGCCACCCGCUUUGUGCACAACAACACCAACAUGCUGCCCAUUAUCGACAUCAACGAGAUCUUCCAGCAGUCAAAUAUUCAAUACGAUGUGCGUAAGGUUCUCAUUUCGUUGGCUCAGGCCUCGGCAGCAAUUAUUGGCGCUGGUCCAUUUGCACCACGUCUGAUUUCAAUGCUAAAGCAGCGUUUGGUCAAUCGACGUAAUCACCAGGCGGACACGCUGCAGUGUCUGGUUGACAUGGGUUUCACUCGUGAGGUGGCCGACCAAGCGCUGAGAUCAAACAAUGGCGUAUACUCAACCACAUUGGAGUGGCUCAUCCAAAAUCAACGGGAGGAGGAUCCACAGCAACCGCCAGUGAUGCAUUUGCAGCGCAGCCUCUCAUCCAUAUCACCAUCAACAAUUGUGACUAAUAAUGAAACCAUUGAGAACACCGCUGCUCUAAUGCAGAUCGUGCGGAUUUACAGCCAUCGCGACUCACCGCCGAAUGAAGAACUCAUUGUAUCGCUAACUGAGAUGGGAUUUGAGGAGAAUGCCGUCAUCUCGGCACUCAAGAAGACCGGCAACAACAAGGCCUCCGCCUGCGAUUGGCUCUGCGAGAAUCGAUCGGCCAGCGUUAUUGAACUGCGCGAGGGACUUGCUCCAGAUUCACCUAUAUUGAAAGUUAUACUCGAAAUGCCGCAAGUCCAACUAACGCUUAGCAAUCCAAAGACCUUUUUGGCCUUUUUGGCCAUACUGGAAAAUGAGAAUGCGAUACGCGUGUGGCGCGGCGAUAAUGACACCACCUCGGUCAUCACACAUAUCCUGCAAAAGUAUCACGAGGAGAAGCAUGUGAUGGGCAUCAAUCAGUUCUACAUGAAUCGCUGGUGAACGACGCAUCAAAGUGGCUUUAUACAGAUAUAUAGAUAUAGAUAUUAUUGAGAUUAACCAAAUUCUAUUUAUACAUGCAUUCACAUAUAUACAUAUACAUUUACAUAUACAUCUAUAUACAUAUAGAUUAUAUAUAUAUUUGUAUAUAUAAAUAUAUACAGACACACAUAUAAAUAUAGGUACGUAACGUGCAUAGUUAGAGUUAUGCCCGCAUUGAAGCCUCAUAUUAUGUAUGGAAAAGGUAUUUUUGUAGCCUAAGAAACAAACCAAAAAGAAGAAAACCAAAUGCAGAAAAAAAAAUAACCAAAAACAAAACAAUAAACAAAUGAGAAAAAUAUUGCACCAAGCCAAAGAUGCAAACGCUUUGCUUCGAGCACGGGCUGCAAUCGAGAAACGCUUACCGAUCAGUACGAAAUGCAUUAACUAGCCUAUUAAAAACAAUUAUAUAAGUACAUCAUCUAGUUCUAGUCAAAAUCUUAGCUAUUAUAUAGCAUUAUCAAUCUAUCAAAAUUCGCACAAUUCGCAAAUCGAUCAAGUAUUGUAUCUCUAUCUCUAUAUCAUUUUCUAACUUCAUAA